AUGCACGACACAAUGGUCGGUCCGCCUGGAUAUCAUGGCAGCUUGGUUGCCUUCGAAGGCCCACCAGAUACCAUCUCGACACAGCUGCGACUACUCCCAAGCUCCCCGAGGAUCCUGAUAAUACCACCACUUCAACACUUCAUGAACUCAGAGGCCGCUGAUCGGCCAUUCGAAGCACACUCGCAUAUUCUCAGGAUUCAUCAAGCGUGCCAUGCUCGAGCUGAAACGGCCCGCUCAUUUCUACACGACUCUUCCCCAAACAACAAACGACUGGCGUUCAUGCAUGGAGGCUCAGCCAGUGCCCAGAUGGACUCUAUCGCUGCCAUCAGUGAGCAUGUGACGAGUGGGGAUGUUACCAAGGCGGAAGCCAUCUUCCAUGACCUUGUCCAACACGGCGUUGCAGGCUUGAAGCGACAGGGCAGUGUUGGACCAGAUUCCAAGUCAGCCCACAGCAAUCACAUCUGCAGAGAGCGGAACAACGAAGAUGACGAAAUACAUGAAUAUUCGGCUUGGGAGGCGAUGAAAGCGGCUGACGCUUUGGAUCUCAAAACAGCCUCACUGCAGCCGAACACUGAGCUCGACCUUACGGUUGGCGGUAGGUUGCGGAGUACGAGCGUCCCAGUUCAAUCCUUAACGGAUGACCCAGAAGACGUUGCUCCGUUCUAUGUCUUUGGCGCUUCUGGAGGUGCCCGUCGCCCGAUUCUGCUGAAUCGAAAAGUUACAAACAGUGAUCCCCUCCCUUUGGAUCAUGACAGACAUGGCCGUGCAGCCCCCCGAGUGGAAAGAUGGCGGGCACGCAUGGCGAGCAGAGAUCAGCUCAGGGAUCAAAAUGCCAUCCCGCGGUCUCCAAGUUGCAUUGGGGAAGCUUACCCGAAGCCCGCUCUGUCCUCGUCACAGCUCAGCAUACGCAGUCCAAUGUCUGCCGGUUUUGGGUCGAUCCCAGGUACACCUGUUAGCAUUGGUGAAGCUCUCGUCGUUGAUGUUCGAUCUUCUUCUCCUGUCAAAAACCCCCCUCGGGCCCAGGACAUCUCACUUCGCAACUAUUCCCUGUCAGCAGAACCACGUCUACGGAGUGUCGAUCGUUCGGGGUCUACAAUUGAAAAGAGGAGCUCUGCCUCUUCGGAAACGUUGAUUACCUGCACGAAAGGCUACGGCAAGACACCACGGGCAACCCUUGCCAGGCCGAGUAAGACUAUGAUCAGGCGCGAUCCACCCCCUCCUCUUGACCUUCAGGUCAAGAUACCCAAACGACCGGCGUCUUACGUCGACCAGGGCACGAGUCCAAUUCAUGUGUACGUCCAUCAGAGUACGUCGACAGAAUCCAACUACCUGGGUCGAGGUUGCAAUGGCAAGAACCAGGGCGCGUUUCUCGAUCUGGAGGAAGAUGUUGACCUUGAUGUGGAUGUGCCUUUUCGGACAGCCCUACCUAUGGUUGAAGACUUGGUCAUACAUUUCAAAGGCGAGGAAGCCAACCAACGACUGGAAGCUGCCAUACGAGCCUUCGAAACGGGUACCUACCCGGUGUCUAUGCCACCAGUUCUGACAGAGAGCAAUGGGAACCCCGAAAGACAGAGCAAUCCAAGCUCCAUAGAGCCGACAGCGGUCGCGGGGAAUAAGAUAUCAGCAGGCCAAGAAGACCGCUGCGAGCCGACGCCCACAUACCAUUCCGACCCGAAUGAGUAUGACCCCUUUGCGUCUCACGGGGACUAUCUCCAACCACCGACGGCUUUCUCAGCCAAACCAGCCUUGCGUGCUUCAAGACCCGUUGCAUCAGGUCCACCAACUCCCGCUCAGACGCCUCCACCUCGGGAAACAAGGUCGGGGAAGAGCUUCCACGAGCUCAAAACAACGGACUGCAAAACAGCUGUAUGCGUGCAGAACAAACUGAGGUCAGUCCUCAACAUUUACUUCUCUCCAGAAGACAUAGGAUACUAUCACCUCAAUUUCCCCCUAUUACCUGGACUCAGCAGUCUGUGGAAGCCGGUAUUUCGGGAGUCAGAGGUGAACGGUCUGGGCAACGAGAAGCGCAAGAUCGACCUCAUCCUCGCCAUUGGGGCCCAGAAGGGUGUUGAUCGGGAGUUCCUGGGCGCCCUCAGCGGCUCUCUAGAGAAACUGGGAACGAAGCCAAACGGAAUAACGCGGAGCGGCAGGCUCGAUCUGAGAUAUCUCAUCGCAAAUGCCAUGCAGGCUUUCACCGCGCAACCGCUCGCGAGCCAAACCCAGGACAAUCCGUUUUCGAACCCGCUGCUGCUAGCAACACUGAUCAUACCGUACCUCGAGAUGUACGUUGCGGCCCAUAAUGGAACACGGUUUCUCCUGCUCGAAUUCCCCCCUGAACACCUCACGACCGUUUUGGCCUUGCAACGACUGGUAGGACUCGAUCUGCUCAAGGUCGCCGGAAUUCUGGACUCUGAAGCCAAAGAGCCGAAAGCCUGCCGGGAAAGCAAGCCCCAGUCACAAACGAGCACGCACUCGGCGGCCAAGCCAAUGUCGGGGCUGUCCGCGAACAGCCCGAGGACAGGCAUGAAGUCGCCAGAGCCACCAUCAUUCUCCAAAGCGAAUUUUCUGCUCACAUCUAGCGCUACCGAAUCCGAGAUCGCAACGCUGAUUUCGGCAAUAUGGAAGAUACUGAUCGACACCUCGAGCUUCUACAUUCCCGAGGGAGCCGCGCCAAGGUCCGCCAUGGCCAUCGACGGAAACUCGACGCGAAAGUACAAUCGCGGUUCGAGGGACAGACCGCUGACACAGACGCCUCUCAUCGACACCAAGCAGCGGUACAGCACCAACGCACCGCUAGCCAGCGCGACUGCUAUGCUGGGCUUCGAGAGCGCGGCAUUCGCACCGUGCCCGCCGUCGAACUACGUAUCGAGCGGCACCGACGCCGCCGACGCGAGCAGCAUCCCGGCCUUCCCCGCGCCGCCCGCGGGCGCGAGCACAAGGCGCUACUCGCUGGCGCCGUCCGUCUCGGGGACGAUCAAGAGCAGCCGCACGGUCAAGACGAUGCACAGCCAGCGCAACAAGCUGCGAUACAAGCUCGGACGCGAAAUCGACGGCUCCAGCAACAACACCGAUGCCACUUACACAGCGACGAACCAGACAACGCCGGCAGGGCAGAGGCCCGGCAGCGGGCGCUCGGUGUCGUACUUCGACAUCUCUGAGGAGGAGGACGACGACGAAGACGGCACGAGCUUCGCCGCCGACGAGCGCCGGUAUAUGCCACUAUGGCGCGAGCAACACCAGCAGCCGAACGCGCCGUUCCGCAAGGGAAAUAGUCGGAAGGCUCUCAAGUGGCUUGGGCUUGCUACUUGA